AUGACAUCCAGCAAUCCGCACAACACCGAUAAUCCAGAGCUCUCUGCAGUUCUGCAGACUCUCUCUGCAUUUUCGACUCCUGCACAUCCUCAACCUCACCCUCCUCAAAACCCCCAUCAUCAACAUCAACCACAACCCCUCAAACACGUCACCCGCCUCGUCUCUUACCACGACAACGUAUCCUUGCAAAUCCGUCACUUGAUAAAAUCCCAGCACUCCCACGAAAAGCAGUGGUGGGCGGGCCGCGAGGCGCUGGUCGCCAAGCAGCAGGGACGCGGCGAGAAGCAGCGGCAGUUGGAAGAAGUAUUGAAAUCUGUCGGCGCGGUGGGUACUAGUGGUGGUAGGACGGGUGAUAAAAUAUCAACCGACGAGGAAAACGCUAUCGAACUCAGGUACUACGAUGCCAAAGUGCACAGAGCAUGCGUUGACAUGGCGCGGUCUAUGGAAUCCGAGCUGCGGAGACUCGGCGUGCCGUUUUUCAGUAUCAAGGAGAGCCUUGUACUCACUACGACUGGUAGCGCUACCACAUCUAAAGAAUCGGAUGGACGGAAAGACGGGUCGCCGGUUUCGCGGGACGAGUUGGCAGUGAUGAAGAAACGGAUGGUGGAGUUUCUGCAGGAUUUGUGUAGAGAUUAA